CCCGAGUCUGGAGGCGCUUUCCUCUCGUGCACCGGCACCUCCUGUCGCUUCCUUCCGGGCACAGUGCGACACAAACAGCCGGACUAUCCGGGGCCCGGCGCGGGGAGCGCGCACAGCGCCCCCCUCCCCCCGCAUCUCCCUUGAGGACCAACGGCUCCGCCUCCUAAGAGGCGUGGGACGUGGGUGGCACAGGGUGGCGCCCAACGGAGGAGGCCGUUGCCGGGUCCUCCCCCGGUAACCCCGGGGGCGUGAGGCUGGGGGCGACUGCACGUGUGAUGGGUGGCCCCAGGGACCUACGGGAGAGUGAAAGGCACGAUGUUCCUCCUGGAAGAGGGCCCCAGCCCAGGUGCUGGGCUUGGCAGCUGAGCAGCGAGAGACGGAAGCCGCGGGCUACUACAGGGAGGGUGGAGGGACGGCCCCUUCCCUCCAGCACUGGCGGCCGGUGCGGAAUUCUACAGCCACCGAAUCAAUCCUUCAGUACUUCACCGGAAGGAUCUUCCGGCAUGUCUCAGAAUGGAUACCUUGAGGAUGCAGGCUACCUCAAGUGUGACACUGAUGAUGCCUCUGAAACCCGUGAGGAGAGCCUAGGGGACGAGGCCUUCGACACGGUCAACUCCUCCAUCGUGUCUGGCGAGAGCAUCCGUUUUUUUGUCAACGUCAACCUCGAGGUGCAGCCCACCCAGGCUGCCGAGAGUGAGUCACCUGGUGGCUGUGGACUUCUACACACCUCCCGCAAGUACCUGAAGUUAAAGAACUUUGAGGAAGAGAUCCGCGCGCACCGGGACCUAGACGGCUUCCUGGCACGGGCCAGCAUCAUCCUGAACGAGACGGCCACCUCACUGGACGACGUGCUGCGGGCCAUGCUGUGCCGUUUAGCCCAUGACCCCCACAAUACUGAGCCUGACUGCAACUUGGACCUGCUCAUGGCCAUGCUCUUCACUGAUGCCGGGGCCCCCACGGAGGGAAAGGUCCAUGUGCUGUCGGAUACCAUCCAAGGGGUCACUGCCACGGUCACAGGGGUGCAAUACCAGCAGUCAUGGCUCUGCAUCAUCUGUACCUCCAAGGCCCUACUGAAGCGGCACGUGUGCAUUAGCCGCCUGGUUCGCCCGCAGAACUGGGGGGAGAAUUCCUGUGAGGUGCGGUUCGUCAUCCUGGUGCUGGCCCCACCCAAGAUGAAAAGCACCAAGACGGCGACCGAGGUGGGGCGCACGUUCGCCACCAUGUUCUUGGACAUCACCUUCCGCCAGAAGCUCCUGAAGACCCGCACGGAGGAAGAAUUCAAGGAGGCCCUGGUACAUCAGAGACAGCUGCUCACCGUGGUGAGCCAGUGUCCUACUGCCAGCACGAGGGGUUACCACGUGAGCUCCAUCUGCACCCACAGAGCCUUGCAGCCCCCACAGCACAAGGACUUUCUCCCUGUGGGGAAGGGCAUCUGGGAGGACAUCGCCCGCAGGUUCCCCAUGUACCCCCUCGACUUCACUGAUGGCAUUAUUGGGAAAAACAAGGCUGUGGGCAAAUACAUCACCACCACCCUGUUCCUCUACUUCGCCUGCCUUCUGCCUACGAUCGCUUUUGGGUCCCUCAACGAUGAGAACACAAACGGGGCCAUUGAUGUGCAGAAGACGGUGGCCGGGCAGAGCAUUGGAGGCCUCUUGUACGCGCUCUUCUCCGGGCAGCCGCUGGUAGUGCUGCUGACAACCGCGCCCCUGGCCCUCUACAUCCACGUGAUUCGUGGCAUCUGUGACGACUACGAUCUGGACUUCAACACCUUCUAUGCGUGGACGGGCCUGUGGAACAGUUUCUUCCUUGCGCUUUAUGCUCUCUUCAACCUUAGCCUGGUCAUGAGUCUCUUCAAGAGGUCGACGGAGGAGAUCAUUGCCUUGUUCAUUUCCAUCACAUUCGUGCUGGAUGCUGUCAAGGGCAUGGUCAAAAUCUUCCAGAAGUACUACAAUGGCCACAACCUUGGGAACUACUACGCAGAUAGCCCUUCCUUGGUGAGCCUGCUAGGUGUCAACACCAGCCUCCACACUGCCCUCAACACCAGCCUCCUGUCCAGCCCGCCAGAGCUGACCUCUGUGGACACCCGUGCUACCGAGCACCCAAGCCGGGAGACCGCCGUGCUCAGCCUCCUUAUCAUGCUGGGCACGCUCUGGCUGAGCUACACCCUCUACCAGUUCAAGAAGAGCCCCUACCUGCACCCCUGCAUGCGUGAGAUCCUGUCAGACUGUGCCCUGCCCAUCUCAGUGCUCACCUUCUCCCUCAUCUGCUCCUAUGGCUUCCGAGAAAUUAAGAUGAGCAAGUUCCGCUACAACCCCAGCGAGAGCCUGUUUGAGAUAGCCGAGAUGCACUCGCUGUCCCUCAGGGCCAUCGGCAGCGCUAUGGGCCUCGGCUUCCUGCUGUCCAUGCUCUUCUUCAUCGAGCAGAACCUAGUGGCUGCCUUGGCUAAUGCACCAGAGAACAGGCUGGUGAAGGGCACUGCCUACCACUGGGACCUCCUGCUGGUCGCCAUCAUCAACACUGGGCUGUCUCUGUUUGGGAUGCCCUGGAUCCACGCUGCCUACCCCCACUCCCCGUUGCACGUGCGGGCACUGGCUUUGGUGGAAGAGCGUGUGGAGAAUGGGCACAUUUAUGAGACGAUUGUGAAUGUGAAGGAGACACGGCUGACCACCCUCGGCGCCAGUGUCCUGGUGGGCUUCUCCCUCCUGCUGCUGCCCUUCCCGCUGCAGUGGAUCCCCAAGCCUGUGCUCUACGGGCUCUUCCUCUAUAUCGCGCUCACCUCCAUUGACGGCAACCAGCUCUUCGAGCGCAUGGCCCUGCUGCUCAAGGACCAGACCUCGUACCCACCCACCCACUACAUCCGGAGGGUGCCCCAGCGGAAGAUCCACUACUUCACAGGCCUGCAGGUCCUGCAGCUGCUGCUGCUCUGUGCCUUUGGCAUGAGCACCCUGCCCUACAUGAAGAUGAUCUUUCCCCUCAUCAUGAUUGCCAUGAUCCCCAUCCGCUACAACCUGCUGCCCCGAAUCAUUGAAGCCAAAUACUUGGAUGCCAUGGACGCAGAGCACUGAGGCCCUGACUGGCAGGCCCUGGCCACACCCUGUUCACCCUUUGCCCCUAGGUCCUCCCAGCUGGCUCUGUGGCUGUGGAUGGGGAGGUGUGGGUGUCUUUUGGGGUGUUGCUCUGUGCUGCACCCCCUCACAGCUGGCCCAACAGGCCUAGGGGGUCUGGGAAUUGUGGGGGUUCUGUGGUGUGUGCCCACCUCUCUCCCUUUAGCCUUUUGCUUUGGGUCAAGAACACUGCUCAGGGCAGCUUCUGCCCAGGGUGGGACUAAGCAGGACGGAUUUUCUUUUGAUAAAAGAGUCAGAUGCCUGAAAGAGAAGCCAUUUCCUUGAUUGUGUAAGGAACUCGGUGUAUGCACAUUAGAGAAUAAAGCUCCUGUUUCUAUGCUUC